UCGCUCUCUCUCUCUCUCUUUCUCUCUCUUCUUUCUUGAAUUCCCUGUAAACUCUCUGUGACGAAGACAACAACGAACCAAUGAUCUUCUUCCUGGCGGGAACAGACGCAUCAGAUCCCGAGAUACCUGAUUUACCAUUCUAUCCCUUACUAAAGAUUUAAAGUUUAAACGCGUCACCUUCGUCACACCAUACGCCUUUCAAGCCAAGCAACCUUUCAAUUUUCCAUUUCUUCCCGUAUUCUCAAGAAAGUGGAAGAGAAAAUAUGAGAGAGGAUUAUUCUUAUCUUUAUUUGUUGAGUUUGACCUUGCAUAGAAGUUAGUUAGCCUUAUUAUUAGUUUUUGUCUUUUUUUGUUUCGAUACCUGUGUUCGGUUCUUGUCCGUUGAUCUCCCCCCUGCCGGCCUCCAAUUCAAGCCGUUGAUUUGUCCAUCGUGGACACUCCUCUUCUGUUAUGAAGUUUGGCGGUGAAUUUCUCUUCUCUUCUCUUCCACUUCAAUGGAAUUCUCUUUAUCAUGGUCUCCUCUCCCUCUCUAUAUUGGCUUGUAGCGAUUUGAGGUCGAAGAGAAACUCUAAUGGGGAAAGAUAAUGAUACUAAAUGUGUAUUUCCUUUAACAAGUCUCCAAAUUGGAGAUUUGCAGUCUUAUCUUUCAGAUCUUAGCCUCUUUCUGGCAUUUGAAAGUAAUAAAAUCUACAUUUUGGUGGACAACCGACCAUGGCUGGUGGAUCUAGAUUCACGGCCAACACACCUGUGGCAACUGAUGGUUACCAAGUCCAGGCUAUCUCCUUUUGCAAACACUAAAUCACGGAGGCAGAGGGAGGAGGGAAAGGACAGUUGUUCCACACCUGGUGUUAGUAAAUCAGAAAAGUUUAAGAGGUGGUUUUCUUUAAUUGAUGCUGCAACUUUGUCUCGAAAGCGGGCUUUGCUACCUGUUAAGACGCUUAGAAGCCAUUUGCUUUUAAGCAGUGAGUUACAUAGGACCUUGUAUGGUUUUAUUGUAUUUGAAGUUUCAUGGACUGAUGUUAGAGGAAUUAACUAUUUAAAUGAACUUCAGACUGAUACCUCUUUGGCCAUAGAAGCUAAAUUUAUGCGAAGAUGGGAAUUUGAUAGCAUAGCCCAAGCUGUAAGCUGUAUAUCUUCGUGGUUCUCAGGAAAACACCAUGAACUGCUGCAAUUGAGAGACUAUCUAGAAUCCACCAUAGGAGAGAUCUUCUAUGAUGCUGAAGAAGAAUUCUCGAGGGCUACCCCAAAAGGUGAUGAUGAAAACAUUUGCCGUAAUAACCAGUGUGGUGAAAAUACUUCUCUCCAGUGCAUUGCUAGCAGGUUUAGUGCAUACGCUGGGACUACAGAAAGUAGAACAAAUGCGCCACACACUCCUCCCCAAACUGGACCUUUUAAGAGAAGAAAAGUAAUGAAGUGCAAUGGUGAUGGAUUUGAAAUUGAAGACUUGUUAUGCAACUCUGGGACUUGUAUUGAUUCUGAUAUUGCAGCCAAAGCUACCGAGUACCGUGAUGUUCUGAUUUUAUUUAGGUUCAAUGACUGUGACCUCCCAUUUAAAUUAAGGAAAAUCAUAAUGUCUGAUCUCCGUUUACUUACUCUACUAGAGGCUGGACUUCCAUCUUGGGUAAUAUUCCUCCAAUCAUAUCCAGGAUUUUGCCAUCUCUAUCGCCCCUGGAUGUGCCCUCUUGUUCGAGCUUUAUAUGUGCUGAUCUCAGUUGUCACUGUUCUAAUAGGUUUUUAUGAUUUAUACAAAAAUGUCCCUGUUCUGAAAGCUACUGCUUCGCGUUUGUGUGGCCCUCUUUUGGAUUGGAUAGAAACUUGGGAGAUGGUAUCAAGAAUUAAAUACUUAGGGACAAUGCUAUUUUUGCACAACUUUCAGAAGGCUGUUCAAUGGUUUUUGGCAAUUACACGUACCAUUCGGUCUUUUUUUUCAGUUGUUACAUUACCAAUGGCGGAACCUCUUAUGGAGGUUUUAAGCUUCCUUCUCCCAGUGUGGAAUACACUUGUUCAAGUGGUGGAGAGUUCUUGUUCGGUUCUUUGGGUUUUAAUAGGCUCUUCUUGCAGUCUAAUUGGGGACCUGAUGGAGAUUGUAUUGUUGCCUAUUUGGUUAAUCAUCUCAUUUGUUUGGAAACUCGCAAAUUCUGUUCUAUAUCCAAUAUUUUGGAUGCUUUGGGAAUUACUCUAUGCCCCUAUUCGCCUGGUCCUUGCACUAGCUAGUUUUGUGGCUUUCAUUUUUGCUGGCAUAUCUGAAUUGCUUGGAAAUAUAUGGGGGGCUGUAAGUAGCAUAUUCCAGUUUGCUUCAGCUUCGGAGGCUACGGUGAAUGCAUAUGAAGUUUCCAUGUGGCGUUCACUUUGGAAUGACCUAUUCUCCCAGGUUUUUCGUGCUGUCAGAGCUAUAAAUGGUUUUGUUGCAUUCUUCAUGGCCUGCAAUAGACAUGCGUGCAGCAUUUAUAAUCAUAUGCAGGAUUUCAUCCAAAGACUGCUCGGUCGAACCCAGAGAUCAACCCUCAGAUCAUAACAUAAAAAGUAACACGUAAAGAUCAAAGUUCGUCAGAAGGAACGAAACUCUACACGAAGUGAGGUCCCAUUCUUUUUGAGGCUUUAACAGAGGCGAAUUUAUGUCUCUAGUUCAACAGAGAAUUGUGUUUCGGUACAUGUACCUUCGACAAAUAAAAGAGAAAAGGGUAAAUUAACUUAGGCAACAAAUGGAAGGAGAGGGCAUACACCUGCGGAUUCUUAACAUUUUCUUCAAAACUACCAUCGGAAGAGUUUUAUCAUUCUCUUGCUCCUUCGAGUUUAUCGUUUCCAUUUCUUUACCUGGUUCCCAUCCUUUUUAUUUUUGAUGUAAAUAACAUGUACAGGAAGCAAUUUAUUCAAUUUUCAUU